GCCAGUUUUAUAUCAGAUUUAAUGGCAUAACAAUGCAAUCAAAUAUAAACAAAGGUAAAAUGCAAAUAACAAAGGAAAAUGGUAAAAUAUUUAUAUAAUCAAUGUAUUAAUGUGUAAUAUAAUCCCAAAAUGGUAUCAAACCAGUGUAGUUGAUUUAGGGUGUAUAUCGUUCAAUAUAUAAGCGGGAAGGUCCCUUAAUUGCUAUCCAGACAAUGUUUCGAUUUCGGUCAGAAUACGAGCCUAUUGGGUUAACAUCACAACAACUACACAGCAAUGAAGAAAAUAACAUAUGUGUAAUUUAUGGCUAUCAUAAAAGAAGUUGUGGAAAACAACUGCUGUUUCAUUUAUUUGGUAUAUUAUCUUUUGGGUUAUUUUAUGCCUUUGUUGGAUGGUAUCCCCAAUUAAAGAGCUUUAAGUUGACCAAAUGUACACUAAGUAUUGCUGAUACCGUAUUAGUUAAAGAUGCCAAUAACAACUAUGAAACAGUUGCUGUUCAGUCAGACAUGCUCCAUUUGCAACAAAGAGCUUUUACUAAUUUAAAGUAUUUUAUUUAUCGACAUAAUAAAUAUGUACUGGAUGACAACGACGGACUUUUUAAGCCUUUAGAUGAUUUAAUGCCAAAGUUAACAUUAAGCGAUAUUUUGGAAAAUUCAAGAGGGAUCACUGAGAACGAAAAAACAGAAUUGCUUAAUCUUUAUGGGAGCAAUAAUAUUGAUGUAGAAGUUAGAACAUAUUGGAAUGUGUUUGUUAAUGAAGUAUACAAUCCCUUUUAUUUAUUUCAAGCAUUUUCUGUUGUCCUUUGGUGUGUGGAUGAUUAUGUUAUCUACUCUGUAUGUGUGCUGAUUUUAACAUUUUUUUCUGUUGUUACAACCUUGUAUCAAACACGAAAACAAGAUAAAGCUCUGCACAAUUUAGUCAAAUCAUCAAAAACAGACAGUGCAAAAGUUCUCCGUCCAAAUAUAAUUUCGGGAUUUACAGGACAUGACAUACCAUCAAGAGACAUUGUACCUGGUGAUCUAUUAGUAAUACCUCGUUCAGGAUGCUUGAUGCCAUGUGAUGCCGUUCUUAUAACGGGAAAUUGCAUCGUCAAUGAAAGCAUGUUAACUGGUGAAAGUACUCCAGUUACAAAAACUGCUCCACAUACAAGUUCGGAGAUAUACGACACCGGUAUUCAUAAAAGAUAUACUUUGUUCUGUGGUACCUCUAUUUUACAGGCGCGUUAUUAUGAAGGAGAGUUUGUUUUAGCACGUGUCAUUAAAACGGGCUUUACUACCAUGAAGGGCGAACUGGUCAAAAGCAUGUUAUUUCCCGCGCCAAUAAAAAUUCAGUUUUAUAAGGAUAGCGCGAAAUUUUUACUCUUCCUAUCAAUCAUAGCAGCAGGAGGAAUGGCAUAUUGCACUUAUUUGUACCAUAAACGUGGUGCCGAUUUAGAAUACAUAAUAAUUCGAACUUUGGAUAUAGUUACUAUUGUGGUUCCUCCAGCUUUACCAGCGGCCAUGACCAUCAGUAUUGCUUACAGCCAAAGCAGAUUGAAACACUUAAAUAUUUUUUGUACAAGUCCCCCUCGUAUUAAUUUAGCCGGAAAAAUUAAAUUGGCUUGUUUUGAUAAGACUGGUACAUUAACGGAGGAUGGUGUACAACUGAACUCAAUAAUACCGAGUGUUGAUGGGAAAUUUUCGAACCCAGAAACGCACGCUUUCAAAAUAGACUCUACGAGUAGUUUAGUCAAAGCAAUGGCAACAUGUCAUUCGUUGACCAGAAUAAUGGGCCAAUUAAAAGGAGAUUCUCUCGAUAUUACCAUGUUCGAGAGCACGAAAUGGGAAAUUGAAGAGCCUGGUGAAAAAGAGAGCACACGAUAUGACAUGCUUGCUCCAGUAAUAGUAAAACCGAAUCAAAAUAAUGCCAGCAACUUCGAAAUAGGGGAAGAUAAUAUUCCAUAUUGUAUAGGAAUAAUCCGUGAAUUUCCAUUCUCUUCAGUUCAACAGUGCAUGACGGUGAUUUGUAGAGAAUUAAACGACCCAUGUAUGAUAGCAUUUACAAAAGGAGCCCCCGAAAGAAUCAAAUCAUUUUGUAGGGAAGAGUCAUUGCCCCAAGACUUCCAUUUGUGCCUUUCAACUUACACGUCGCAAGGUUUCCGAGUGAUUGCGUUUUCUUGUAAGAAACUUUCUUCCAAAUUCAAGUGGAAGGAAGCUCAAAAAACUAAGAGAGAAGUGCUUGAAUGUGAUAUGACUUUUUUGGGAUUUAUGAUCAUGCAAAAUUCACUAAAACCCGAAACUAUUCCCGUAAUUCGUACAUUACACGAUGCCAGCAUCCCAACUGUGAUGAUAACAGGUGAUAAUAUUAUGACUGCUAUUUGCGUAGCUAGAGAAUGUAACAUGAUAAAAGCAGACGAACCAAUUGUUUUGGUAAAUAUGGAAUUAGACAAUGACUUGGGAAUACCUAAGAUGAUAUUCGAAGUUGUGGAUGAUGAUCCGGACAUAAACUUUUAUGACAAAAAAUAUCAUUUAGCAAUGGAUGGAAAGACUUGGGACAAACUCAGGGAAUAUUAUGCAGAUUAUCUUCCCCAUAUUUUAGUAAAGAGCACAAUAUUCGCAAGGUUCCAGCCUGAUCAAAAGACCCAACUGAUUAAUUAUUUCCAAAAAAUCGGUUACAUCGUUUCAAUGGUUGGGGAUGGCGCUAAUGACUGUGGAGCGUUAAAAGCAGCCCAUGUUGGAGUUUCAUUAUCACAGGCUGAAGCAAGCGUAGCUGCGCCAUUCACCUCGUCAAUACCAAAUAUUUCUUGUAUUGUUCAUCUCAUUCUAGAAGGUCGAUGCUCUUUAGUUACCAGCUUUGCACUUUUUAAAUAUAUGGCCCUUUAUAGUUUAAUUCAAUUUUGCUCAGUUCUUAUUCUCUAUACAUUUCAUUCGAUGCUGGGAAACAUACAACUUUUAUUUAUUGAUCUCAUCAUCACGACUAGUUUGGCGGUAACGAUAGGUCACCAAGGACCUGCCAAUAAACUGCAAUCUGAACGACCCAUGGGAUCCUUGGUAUGUGCUAGAAACUUAAUUCCUCUCAUAACUCAGGUCCUUUUAUGCAUUGCUGUUCAAUUUUGCUCCUAUUAUUACUUAUCCACUCAGUCCUGGUUUGUGCCAUUACCUCCUGGGAAGGAAGAGGUCAUUUUAUGUUGGGAAAACACUGUAAUUUUCAUGGUGUCCUCUUACCAAUACAUAAUAAUGGCUUUUGUAUAUGCAAAGGGGAAACCGUUUAGGAAAACGUUAAUUACAAACUUUUGGUUCUUACUUUCUGCCAUCAGUCUCACGUCUUUUUUGACGUGGCUCUAUUUGAAAGCUCCAGAAGGACUUGCUAAGUUUUUCGAGGUGAUGUACCUGCCACACAAUCACCCCAGGGAACAGAGGUUGUUUAGGGAUACGUUGUUAUUGCUGCCUCUUCUUCAUUUAUUGCUAGCACUAUUCAUCGAGGCACAAAUAGCUGAUAGAAAGUGGUUCAAAAAAUUUUUGCAGUUCCUUUUUAUGAAGAGAAAACCUAAAAACAAGUAUAAAAUACUGUUAAAAGAAAACGUCGUAGCGCGAUGGUUGGCAUCCCCUGAGUUCAACGUGACCCUAUCUGUAGAUUAAUAAAUUAAUGAAAUAUUGUUACUUAUGUAAAUUAUCAAAUUUUAUUAUAAUGUUAUAUAAUGUGUAAGUGAAGUAUUUUUAUAAGCAGGUAGCUAGUAAAAAAAUGUUAACAAUA